CACUUUCCAUGUCCUUCCCUGCAGGCCAGGCUGCAGCUGGGCUCGGAGGAGGUGACCCUGCAGUCCCCAGCAGAGCUGCAGCUCAAUAACCUGGCGGUGCAUGAUGUGGAGCUGCUGGUGGAAGAUGGCAGGAUGACGCUGACCAUUGACGGUCUCUUCAACAGCUCCGUGGACAUCGCAGGACCCGUACGGGAGCUGGACAUCCAGUACGGCCUCUAUGCCGGUGGGACAGGCAGCCUUGACCUGCCGUACCUCGCCGAGGCCAGCUCACCCUUCAGAGGUUGCCUCCACUUAGUGACAUUCAACGGCCUGGAUGUCCUCUCCCCACUGUCCUCUGACGGCAGCUCCAAGAUCUUCCACCGGGUCCAGGAAGGGUGCAGCACACAGUUCUCUGCAGAGCCCGAGGACCCCUUCGGGUUCCUGGGGCCACACUCCUACAUCGCGUUUCCCACAUGGGAUGCGAGGGAGGAAGCAACCAUCGAAUUUGUGAUAACGACGAGCAUCACCCAGGCACCCCUUAUCUACCACGCAGGGCUGGAGAAUGACUUCUUCUACCUGGAGAUCUCCAACGGGCGCCUGAGAGGGUUUGUUGAAAAGGGGAACGGCAUCAUCGUCCUGCACAACAACGUCUUCAUCAGCGAUGAGCAGCAGCACUAUGUCAAAGUCUACACGGACAUCCACAAGUUUGAGAUCCUGAUUGAUUACUACGCCUCAUCCACGUCCAACCGGGGCAUCAACAACUACCUGGACCUUCAGGGAAACCUCUUCAUCGGAGGUAUGAAUGAAAAAGCUUUGCAAAGGCUGAGGGAACACCAUCUUGCUUUUAUCUCAGUGUGGACCAUGACCAACAACUCAUUUGCUGGCUGCUUGGAGGACCUGCGGAUAAACCUGCAGAGGAGGAGUCUGCAAGACGCCGUGAUCACGAAGGACAUCACAUCAGGCUGUGGAAAGCAGGAGCACUACUGGGACUAUGAUGAGGUGUAUGAGCAGGAUGAGGCACCCACCUCCCCACCUCCAGAUGUCUGGUCAGGAGCACCGGGCCUGGUGGUGGAAGCAUGCCGGCCAGACAACAGCUUCCCUCCCGCCUUCGCCAACAUCAGCAGGCUGCUGCACGUCAGCCCCCUCAUCGUCUCUGAAGGGGGCACGGCCUAUCUGGAGUGGAAACACGCCCAGCCAACGGUAGACUUGAGCCUUGCAAACAUCCGGCAGUCCCAAAUCCUCUUUAGCAUCACCAACGACCCUAGGCACGGCCAGCUGGAGCUGGACAUUCCUGGGUCCAGGAGCAGAAGAAAGUUCACCUUGUUGGACAUUGUGAAUCGGAAAGUCAGAUAUGUCCACGAUGGCUCCGAGGGGCCCAUGGACCAGCUGAUGCUGGAGGUGACAGUGACUGCCCAGCAAGGGGUCCCAGAGUGCUUGCGGCAGGGGCAGAUGUACCUGCUGCCCAUCAUGAUCAACCCCAUCAAUGACGCCCCACAGGUGAUCUUUCCCCACGGGAACCACAUGACAAUCCUGAAGCACACACGGAAACACCUGACCACAGACAUCCUGCAGGUCCUAGAUGAUGACACAUCCUGUGAUGACCUCGAAUUCCAGCUGCAUGGUGGCCAGCAGAUGGAGGAGGGUUAUGUGGAGUAUGACUUUCACCCUGGAGUGCCCAUCGAAGAGUUCUCCUGCAGGGACCUGGAAGCAGGCAACAUAGCCUACGUGCACCAGAGUGGGACAAACUUACAGCUCACCUUGCAGGUGAGUGACGGCACAGUCCCAAGCCCCAUUGCCACCCUGAGGAUCCUCGCCAUUGACCCUGACAUCCGCCUGCACAACAACACCGGCCUCUCUAUCUCCCAAGGAGGGGCUGCACGCAUUACCACAGCCAACCUGUCAGUGGAGACAAACGCCGUGAAACAACGGGUCACCAUCCUGUAUGUCCUCACAGAGCCCCUAAGGUAUGGUGAGGUCCAGAAGCAAGGGAGCAUGGGAGGGGAAUGGAAAAAAGUCGAGUCCUUCCACCAGCAAGACCUGGAGCAAGGGCGCAUCCAGUAUUUUAGCACAGACCCGGAGCACCGGCUGGAAGAUGUUGUGGAGAAGCUGAGAUUCGAAGUCCAGGUGGGGCAGAAGGUCUUGCAAAACAACACCUUUCUCAUAAGGAUUAAAAGAGCCACUAUUAAGAUGAGGACCAUGGUCCCACUCCAGAUGAAGAACAAGCGGCACAGAAAUAUCACCAGUAAAGAGCUGGAGGCAAUGUUGGAAGAUCCAAACUCUGCCCCAGUUCCCUUCCACUACGUGAUAAUCCAGGCUCCCAAAAAGGGAAACCUGGAGCUGCUCGGCAACAGGCUGACCGAAGGCUUUGGAUUUACCCAAGAUGACCUACAAAGAAACCACCUGAGCUACAGCGCAACCAUCAGGAACUCUCAGCAAGCUGAGGACACCUUCCAGUUUCGUGUCUGUGCUGGCGAGCAGCAUUCUCCUGUCUAUACCUACACAAUCGGCAUUGGUGGGGACCCUGAUGCACCAGCCCUGACCAACGUCCUCCUGACUGUGCCAGAAGGGGGGCAAGCUGUUAUCUCCAAGGACCACUUGUUUGUACAGAGCAUGAACAGCAUGGACUACCUCUACGAAGUGAUUGAGGGGCCAGCACACGGCAGGCUGGCCUGGGCUGCGUCCCAUGGCUGGGCCUCCAGAGAGGAGAUCACAGAGUUCACCAAUGAUGACAUCCUCCACCGCCGGCUGCUGUACCAGCAUGAUGACUCUGAGACACUGGAGGACGACAUCCCCUUCGUAGCGAUCAGGCAGGGCGAGGGCAGCGCUGAGUCCGAUGUGGAGGAGGUGAGAGGUGUUUUCAGGGUCUCCAUCCAACCCGUCAAUGACCACACCCCGGUCCAGGUGGUGAACAAGGUCUUCAAUGUGGUGCGCAAUGGGCAGCACCUGCUGACGACAGACGACAUCGCCUUCACUGACAAGGACUCUGGCUUCUCCGACACACAGCUAGUGCUGGCGAGGAAGGACAUUUUGUUUGGCAGCAUUGUGUCUGUCGAUGACAGAAGCCACCAGGUCUAUCGGUUCACACAGGAUGACUUGAGGAAGAAGAAAAUCCUCUUUGUCCAUUCGGGGGCUGACCGGGGCUGGAUCCAGCUACAAGUCUCAGAUGGCCUCCACCAAACCACAGCCCUCCUGGAAGUACAGGCGUCAGACCCCUACAUCAAAAUAGUCAACAACACUGGUCUAGUCAUCCACCAAGGCAGCCGAGGGAGCAUUGACUCCUCUGUCCUCAGCCUGGAGACCAACAUGGACAUCAGGUCAGAUGAAGAGAUACGGUUCCUGAUAACAAUGCCCCCGCGGUGGGGGACCGUGCUGAGAGGGGGGCAGCCGGUCAUGGCCUUCUCUCAGAGGGACCUGCUAGCAGGAGAGAUCUCCUACCUCCACAACGGGAGCAGGAACACCCGGGAUGAGCUCCAGUUCACUGUAGAAGCAAAUGAGGUGGCGGUGGAGGACACGCUGGCCAUCAGCGUGUUCUUGGACACCCAUCCCAGCCCCCUGCACAUAGUCAACCACAAGGAGAUCCACGUCUUCCAGGGGGAAGCGGCGGGGAUCAAGGACGAGUACUUACUGGUGACCCACGAAGAGAUCCCUCCCCAAGACAUAGUCUACCUGGUGAGCAGCCCCCCAGCCUCCGGCUUCCUGGCGAUGCUUCAGCAUUACUUGCAUGAGCACCCCAGCCUGGCCCCCAUCCAGUCCUUCACCCAGGAGGACAUCAACAACGGCAGAGUCCUCUACCUCCACUCCAAGCCGGAGGAGGAACGUGACCAGUUUGUCGUGGACAUCACGGCCAGCGGCGCGGACCCGCUGGAGGGGGUGGUGGUGAGCCUGGCCGUGCUCCCCAUUGCUGUCCCCCUGGACGUCCGCAACAUCACAGUGCCGGGAGGUGGCUCCGUCACCCUCUCCAAGGGCAUCCUCAACAUCCCCAAUGCCUACUUCACGGCUCUCGGCAUGGAGUUCAGGGUGCUCGAGCCCCCCCAGUUUGGCACCCUCCUGAACAGCAAGCGGCCUGAGGACAGCGGGCUGCACAGCUUCACCUGGAGCGAGGUGGAGAACCAGCAGAUCCAGUACAGGCAGGAUGGCCCCCGGGCCCAGGCCGACA